ACGCGCAGUCUAACCUAGCCCAGCCCCAGACGACCGAUUGAUUUCGUUAUCGCGAUUCACACAGCUUCGUCAAAAUGGGUAAUCCAAUUCUUAUUGACCCAAACCCUAGAUUUAUUCCCCCUUUCUCCGUCUUUCUGUCGGUGAAUUCCAGACGAAGAAUUUGCAUGUUGCAUUGAUUCUCAGACAGGAAAAAUCUCCAUCAGAUCUGGUUGAUUCUAUCCGUUCAAAACAAUUUGUUCCAUCUCAAGCAUGUUCUGAUAGGUGAUGAUUGUGAAGAUGGAUAAAGCAGUUGCUUCUUCAUCACAUGACCUUGCCCAACGUCUAUAUGACAAAAAUAUCGAGUUGGAGAAUAGGCGCCGUAAGUCAGCUCAAGCAAGAGUGCCUUCAGAUCCAAAUGCCUGGCAGCAAAUGCGUGAAAAUUUUGAAACAAUAGUACUUGAGGACCAUAGCUUUUCUGAGAAGCACAAUAUUGAAUUUGCUCUUUGGCAGUUACAUUACAGACGAAUUGAGGAAUUUAGGGCUCACUAUAGCGCUGCAUCUGCUACGGAUUCAACUUCAUCUCAAACUAGGGGAGGGAAUGCUCGACCAGAUCGAGCUUCAAAAAUACGUCUACAGUUUAAAACCUUUCUCUCAGAAGCUACUGGAUUUUACCAUGAUUUAAUUUUAAAAAUUAGAGCCAAACAUGGACUCCCUAUAGGGCAGUUCUAUCCUGAACCUGAGAACCAUAAUGUGAAGGAGAAAGAUGGAAAGAGAUCUAUUGAUAUUAAAAAGGGCUUGUUGUCCUGCCACCGCUGUUUAAUAUACCUGGGCGACCUUGCACGUUAUAAAGGACUGUAUGGGGAAGGUGAAUCAAAAAGUCGUGAUUAUGCAGCAGCUUCAAGUUACUACUUGCAAGCAGCUUCUCUUUGGCCAUCAAGUGGGAAUCCACAUCAUCAGCUUGCUAUAUUGGCUACCUAUUCAGGAGAUGAAAUGAUGGCAGUAUAUCGUUACUUCCGAAGUCUGGCAGCUGAAAAUCCCUUCUCGACUGCAAGGGAUAACUUGAUAGUAGCCUUUGAGAAGAAUCGACAAAGUUAUGCUCAGUUGCAUGUUGAUUCCAAAUCCCCUUCUAUCAAGGAAUCACCUGUUCGGACGAGAAGCAGAGGAAGAGGGAAAGCGGAGCCAGCAGUCCGGUCAAAGGAACCAAUUGCUGAUGCUACUAGAUCUGACGUGGAAAGAGCAGCUGAAGUUCGUCAAACAUUUAAAGCAUUUCGUGUUCGGUUUGUUCGCUUGAAUGGUAUUCUUUUCACGCGCACAAGCUUGGAGAUGUUUGAAGAAAUUCUCUCUCUAGUUAGCAAUGCUUUGCAGGAGCUUCUUUCUUUUGGGCUGGAGGAGGAGCCGAGUUUUGGCGCAGAUGCAGUUGAACAUGGACUUUUUAUUGUAAUAGUCGUCUCCAUACUUAUAUUUACAGUAAAUAACGUGAAAGGAGGGGCUGAAGGUCAGAGUUAUGCAGAUAUUGUACAAAACACAGUGCUUCUCCAGGAUGCACUAAUCACAUUUUAUGAGCUGAUGGGUCAACUACUGAAGAGAUGUCUUCAGUUGGCUGAUCCAUCCUCAAGUUUCCUGUUACCUGGCAUUCUCGUUUGUGUGGAAUGGAUUGCUUGUCGUCCUGAUGUUAUACGUAGUGAGACUGAUGAAAAACGAACAACAGCUCAGAUGAACUUUUGGAGCUACUGCAUAUCUUUGUUCAAUAAGCUACUAUCUGCUGGUUUGGUUACGUACGAUGAUGAAGACAUGAGCUGCUUCACUGAUAUGACAAGGUAUGAGGAGGGGGAAAAUGAAUACCAGCCUGCAUUGUGGGAGGACUUUGAGCUAAGAGGAUUUUUGCCCCUUCAGCCUGCACAAUUUUUGUUGGAUUACUCAGGGAAACAUUCCCACAUAGGUGACAGCAAGAAAGAUAAAGUAGCUCGUGUGAAGAGGAUUCUGGCUGCAGGGAAAGUCAUCACAGAUAUGAUUACGAUUGACCACAAGAAGGUAAGAUUUGAUUCAAAACUGAAGAAGUUUGUUAUAGGUGUUGAGACUCAGAAACAACAUAGCAAUCUUUCUGCCGACCCAGGCAGCCCUAAAUCAAAUGGGGGUAUUAAAGAAACAUCUGCUGAUACCACUGCAGCCGUGAUGGUCACACCACUAAAAAUCGAAUCACAUGUGGAAGGUGAAGAGGAGGAUGAAGUGAUUGUUUUCAGACCAACUGUGAUUGAUAAUCGAACUGAAGUGCUUGCUUCAAAAGGGAGCCAUCAAGAAGGGUUUGAGCAUGUGCAAAAUAAAGAUAUUGGUAGCUCUCAGUUUGCAGUUCCUGUUUCAGUUCCACAUGCUGAUUUUCACCAGCAGAAUGUAGUGUACACUCAUUCACAGUCACUUUUGCCAGUUACCAAUUUCACCCCAAACAUUGGGCAGCCAUUUCAUUUCCAAACUCCAAUGUGGUCUGGCAACAGGCAAGUUGCACUUACCGGUGGAUUAAAAGGUUUGAGCUUGCUGGAAAAUGGGCAUGUAGGUAAACCUGGAAUACACAGAGAUAUUGAGAUUGCAAAUGCUGCUUCCCUUGCCCUUCCUGUUCAGCAGGCUAGUGUCAGGGAAAGUGGUACGUUGUAUACUGGAACAUCUCAAAGCAUGGCAGUGCACUCUGUGAUUGAUGAUGCAAAUGCAUCCUUUAGAGAAGCAGUUACUCAUAUAAAGUAUGAUACAGUUGCGCCUUCUGGAACAGAUCCUUACAUUGUGGCUCGAAAUACAUCAUCAACUAUGCCUACUAGCUCUUUGAAGAUUUCAACGAACAGACCUGUGAGACACCUUGGUCCACCACCUGGUUUUAGUUCUGUUCGUCCUAAGCAAGUCAAUGAGAAUGCCCCUGCAUUGGGUCAAAAUCCCCUAAAUGAUGAUUACAGCUGGUUAGAUGGAUAUCAGUUGCAAUCAUCAAUGAGGGCUGGUAUUCAACCAAUUAAUCUGCCUUCAAAUUUGAGCUCCCAGUAUAUGAAUGAUUCUGUAGCGACGUCUAGCUUCCCUUUUCCUGGAAAACAAGUCCCAGUGGUUCAGUUUGAAGGGGAAAAGCAGAAAAACUGGCAGGAAAGCCCAAAUCUGGGAAGUUCAGAUUCUCACCAUGAAUCAUUUCAACAACAGUAUAUUCCUAGAUUGGACCAACAAGGGCAUUCAACAUGGAAGGGCAACCAGUUUGUGUGAUUUCCAUGAGCAAUGCAUGGAUUGUUCUUUUUGGCUUCUGCUGGUCUUAACGUAAUUAUGUUGUAUGAAGGUAAUUCGCGAUUAUCCUGAUGGCCUUUGAUCCUCUUAUCAUGAAGUACACACUCCAACCUCUCAUUCAAUUUUCUUAAAUUUAUGUUGGAGCAUGGUGGUGCUGGCAACCUCGGCAUGCUUGCAGGCAAAAUGAGACUGCAACUGGCUUUCUCAGUGGAGUCCAAGAGAACCUUGUAAUGUUGUGCGUUUCUGGUUAUGGGGAUAUGUGGUUAUUUGGGUUGGGAAUGGAUUAACAUCGGCUGGUGGCUAAUCUUUGGAGAAUGAUGUGGUGGAACGUGAUCAUGAUUGCAGUGAGUCUACUAGGUGUGGGGUCUUAAUGUUUGUUAUAGUCAUCUUUGGCCGUACGUAAAACAGUGGCUAGUGUUUGUUGCUGGCAUUCAUAUCCUGGCAUGUUAAAUUGGUAAAAAGGUUGAUCCUGGGCUGUUAAAGAAUUGAUGCAAGACGCAUACAUGUUUCUUGCUCUUUUCUUCCUUUGUGAAUUAAAAGAUCUUACAAGUGUUGGCUCUGAAGAAACAAUGUUCUGUUUGUGAUUUUGGGGCUUCAACAAUGGUGUGUUUGUUACUGAAUAAAUUUACAUCAGUCUGUAUUUUCUUAUCCAUAGUUCUCUGUGUUUUGGGUACAUGCUGAUAUCUCGAAUGUUUGAUCUGAUUUAAGCUACUGUGAAAAGAA